CAAUUCCUGUUGAUUUUCAUCAGUUCAACGGCGCACGAACUAACAAAUAAAAGGUUUCCUGACGUCCCGUUGAGUCACUCGAAGAAAUUUCAAAAGAAAACUCACUCAGUGUCAAUCCGUUCUGUGAUUUUUUGCAGCAAAACCCUUGAGCUGCGAGUGAAUAGAAAAGUGCCAUAGAGUUGCCACACAGAGUUGUGUAGGUAGUUGGAGUAAACAAUAAAUCUCAAGUUGUUUAUUUGCAUUGCAAUUUGUCGCUUGCAUCUGUGCAAAACGCUGCAUUGGCCAUUCCAUUUUUUGUUUCCUUCGCUGCAGCUCCUUGUGUGAAGCGACCGUGUGUACGUGACAUCAAGGUUAUUUUUUACCUGGGUAAACUCGGAAAAUCGAUAUAAAAAUUCGCUGCGGCACUAAAACUUACGGAAAAAAUGGAUUUUGCAUUUGGUGAGAUUGUGGAGCCAUCAUCGCGCGCCUUUUGGAAUGACUAUGACGAGCUUGGCGAGGAACGACAAGAAUUUCCAGAGUUAAAAUGGGUUUGGCAGAACGAGGAUAACACACCGCAAUUUCCCACGGAUCUCGAAACUUUUCUCAUUGUCGAGGGAUUUGGCGUCCUGGAUUUUCUGAAUUCCGUUUUGCUGAAGGGCGAAUCGCCGGUUUGUCAUUUGAGCAUCGGGCAAGCUGUCAUGUAUCACUUGCCGGCAUCUAAAGUUGCAAUUUGUCUCACAGACGAGAAGGAUCUGAAUUACUUUACGCCCAUGACGACAGCGAUGGAGCCGUGGAUAAAAGCAGCGAAACAUGUUUACGGCAUAACUUUUCAUUCGGCAUCGACGUACAAAGGCGAGGAAGUCAUGGAAACCGUCGAUGGAUGCUUUGUGCGAGGCGUAAACUCCAAAUUCGAGAGUGUGAAAGAGCUGGAAGUGCCAAAUAUCAUCACGGGACUCACAGCGGGCAUCGUUAGUUACUGCAAAUUCCACAAAUUGGAGGCGAGUGCAUUUAUCGUCUACAUGGAGGCGCCGAUUUUCGACUCAAUUACCACAAAGCCCGUCAUAAAGUUGCUGAAAAGCAUGAAGGUGCCGUGCGACGAUGCAUAUGCGCUGAAACAGAAACCCGAAUCUGGCUUGUAUAUGUAAAGAAAAUGCAUUUUAGGUGUAAAUUCAUGGAAAUCACGACAACUGGUUGUCAAUUUGUAACAAGAAGUGAGAGAGAAUAUUUUUCGAUGUUUUACAAAAAAAAAAAACCCCAAAAAAUGUAGAUAUUUUCAAAAUUUUUUAUUGUAAUUUCUAAUAAUCAAUAAUAAAAAUCAAUCAACUUCA